CUUGUGAUGGAUACUGAAAAUUACGUUGCCAAAUUAAACGAGUACGUUCAAAGAGCACGUUCGGAGCUGAACUAUGAGGACAUCAGAACCGAUGGCCCGGAUCACAUUAAAACAUUUAGCAUCAGGGUUGUUCUAAAUGGUGUGGCAUAUCCAGAAGGUGUGGGGAAUAAUAAGAAGGAAGCCAAACAGAAAGCUGCCAAACAUGCUUUAGAACACAUCAUGAAAAAGAACGAGCAAGCGUCAGAAGGGUCCCUUGCGCCAGUUAGUUCAACAGCAAAAAAUUACGUAUCCUGGCUCUAUGAGUAUGGAGCGAAAAUCAAGAUGCCAGUCAAAUUUCAUGAAUCCACAAAACCUGGCUCGUACAAGCCGUUUCAAUGUAGAUUUUCGAUUGGGGAGAUUGAGUAUCCAGUUGCUAAUGGGACAUCAAAGAAGGAAGCCAAGGAAGAAGCUGCUAGGCUUGCAUAUCAUGAUAUAUAUGAGGCAUCACAGACUGAAGAUGAGGAGCUCUUUGGUGCUUCAAGUGAACAAAAAGAGGAGAAUUGCGACAAGUCCCCAAGUUCGAAGACUGAAGAUGAUAGUUUUGUUGAGACCAAUUUUAUUGGAAAUAUCAACCACUACUGUCAGAGAACACAUCGCACUCACAAUUUUAUCGAAGUGGGGAGAAGCGGCCCAUCUCAUAACCAUAAAUUUUCCUACAAGUUGGUGAUCGAUGGUAAGGACUACCCCGUGGGGGCGGGAAAGACUAUCAAGGAAGCCAAGCAAAAUGCUGCUCAGUUAGCCUUGUCUGCUCUUGAAAAAGAAGACAGUAAGCAUUUUUGUCCCUUCAACAGGUUUGAAAAGGACUUUGACUGUAUAGAAUACAUAAAAAAAGGAGCCUUUGGCAUGGUUUUUAAGGCAAAACACAAGCUUGAGGAAAAAAACUAUGCUGUGAAGGUUGUCCAAUAUAAAGAAAAAUCUUUACGAGAGAUAUUGGCGUUAUCAGAAUUUCAUCACAAAAACAUCGUAAGAUACCACACAUGUUGGACUGAGGACGGUGCUUACAAAUCUGACAGUCCAUUACCCCAAUCUGCCACAAAUCCAUCUGGACAAUACCUAUACAUUCAGAUGGAGUUGUGUGACACCACGACCCUCCGAGAUUGGAUUGAUGAUAUGAACACUCAGAAUGUGGAGCCUUCACAAAGACGGGAAAGCUGUUUUGAUAUUGUACAGCAGAUAGUCGAAGGAGUCGAAUAUAUUCACGCCAAAACAUUAAUCCACAGAGAUUUGAAGCCUGCCAAUAUCCUGUUUGGGCUGGAUAAUACAGUAAAGAUUGGGGACUUCGGCCUUGUUACCUAUGAUAGUGAUGGGAUGGACAGAAGCUUGCACACAGGAACCCCAAAUUACAUGGCGCCUGAGCAGAAAGACAAGAUUGCUUAUGACCGAAAAGUGGACAUAUUUGCUCUUGGUUUGAUUUAUUUUGAGCUCUUAUGGUCCAUGAUUACAUACAGUGAAAAGGCAAAGAUUUGGAAUGAUAUCAGAAACCAGAAACUUCCUGCCGAGUUUUCAAGCCUUUUCCCCAUGGAGCAAAAAAUCAUUAAGUCAAUGCUUUCCUGGAAGCCAGAAGACCGGCCUGAAGCAAGUCAACUUAAGACCGACCUUGGGGAGUUUGCUAAUGAACUUCAAUUUGCCAAACAUAGAAAGACAGUCUAA